GGCAGUGACGACGUCGCGCACGUUCGCCGGAUUGGGAUUCAGCCCAAGUCUCCUUCUUGGCUGGUCGAGACUUUGCAGACUUCAAAGGCCUCAAACUCUACCCACCAUGUCGACGCAGCCUCUGCUGCAGCGCACGGCAGCUAAGCGCAUAGCUCUGCCAGUCAGAGUCGAGCCCAAGGUUUCAUUUGCAAACGAGCGCACAUUCCUAUCAUGGCUGCAUUUUACGGUGGUCUUGGGCGGCCUAGCGGUGGGUCUAUUGAAUUUUGGGGACAAGGUGGGCAAGAUAUGUGCUGCCAUGUUCUCUGUCGUCGCUAUGGCUGUAAUGGUCUAUGCCCUCUAUACAUAUCAUUGGCGCGCUGCCUCCAUUAGGAAAGGAGGUCGUGGUCCUUAUGAUGACCGAGUCGGACCCACAAUAUUGUGCAUCGCCUUACUCAUCGCGAUCGUCAUCAAUUUCAUCCUUCGGUUCACACAGCCAGACGACUCAGAGCCAUGAAUCACACCAUCGCUAACGCCGCACUUCAGCCAUUCAGCCCUACCUCGCGCCGAUCAAAGACGAUUCACACCGACGGGAUGGGAGGGUUGCUUGUAAGUCAGGAUGAUCUGUACCACGAUCUUCGCAUACGCCAGAAUUAUGUCUCGUUAGCACAACCACCUAUCCAUGCUGAAUCUCACCACCUCUUGGAUACAUCACUGUAGUCUAGCUGAAUAUAUCCAUUCAUGUCUUUCUCUGGUCUGCAGAAGUGCUCAUAG